GCUCUCUCCCCAAGGGAAACUCGCUGCGGCCAAGCCAGCCAAUUACGAGAUGACAAUCCCCGAUAACGCAGGCCGGGAAAUUCAGCCAAUUGUCUCUGGGGGACUUUGCUCGUCACCGCAACUUUCUGGCAGCAGCAGCAGCACCGGUGAGCCUGGUGAUCGAUGGGCAGACUGGUUCUUCUUCUGACGAGUUCCCUGGGUCAACGAACGGGGCCGGAUCCAGGGUCGUCGUUGGCUCCACUAGUCGACGUUCUCUGGCAGCUGUGUCCCACAAGGGCACCAAGGUUCUCGUAUUGCUGACAAGCACAGAGUGCCGUAGGCCGGACGCAGGACACUGGACACUUGGAAACAAAAGGUGGCCACGAAAAAGACAGCGGCAGUUCCAGUCAGUCAUGAAAGACGCUGCCGGUCAGAGAUUGUUGUCGUCGCUGCGUAUAAGUGUGUUGGUUGGCCGGAGAAAUUAUCGGAUCCGGGACUUCACUUUGGGACUGGGCUUCCCCAGAGUCAUCGGGCGUCGGGACCAGAAACAGAAGAUAAGGACGCUCUGGCUCAGUUCAACGGGAGAAGGGGGACCGACCGCCAUAAAAGCAUCGAGGUUAUCACCAGAAACCCCGACGCAAGGGGGGCGGGCGAGGACGUGCCUUAAGUACCUACCUAGCCUGGGCCGUGUCUGUAUCAUCAGGCUACUUACCCAAUCCAGCCGAUUCAGCCAAGGCCCAUGCCAAUCAGUCACCAUGGCCAGUUACUGUCCCGGCCUGCCCAUACGUAAUCCGGUGCGCGGAGUACAGGGCGGUGGACCCCGGUGCCUCGUCCUCGCUCGAAUUAGCCCCUGCAGACCCCUGGCUGUCACUGGGCCAUGUGAGGACAAGACCGCGAGGCACGCACCGCUAGCCAUCUCGUUUGGUUCAAAGUUUGCCAACCUUUCGGGUCCAGCUGACCUCGAUUGUUUCGGGGACUGCUUCCGCUAGUUUUCUGUGCGUGUUUUCCCCGUCCAUUGUCAUAUCUCUUGAUCCCCAUCUUUGGGUACCUCUGUACGUUAGCACGCGGAUACCAAAAAGUCGGGGUCGGCUCCGACUCCGG